CGGAAGUGCACACCGGCUAUUUAACCUGUAUGUUCUUCACGAAUAUGAAAGUUAAGCAACGUAAAAAGUCAGAAAAGGAGCCAUGUUUAGCUUAAAAACACUGCAGACGAAUAAGACUGUGCGAUAUGGAGUUCCUAUGCUCCUGUUGGUGGUCGGCGGUUCCUUCGGCCUGCGGGAGUUCACGCAGAUCCGCUACGACGCCCAGAAGCUCAAGAGGAAGUUGGAUCCCUCACUGGAGGCCAAACUAAACCCGCAAAAGCAGUCGGUCAUUUUGGAGCAAGAGUAUGAGAAGUUGAAGGAUGACAAUUUAGACGAGUGGAGGAAUAUUCGUGGCCCGCGGCCUUGGGAAGACUCUCGGGAGUUCCAGGAGCAGCAGAGCAUAAAGAGGACCCCACAGAGCUAGGAGACGCACAUACCCCUUAGAUAUAAAGUGGCGCCUUGAGAUAUGAGUUCCGUCAGCUCCUGGAUCACGCUCAGAAAUCAAAACAGCUCUCAAACAACACUGGUGAGCAGCAAAUUUUAAUUGGAGAUAUGCGUUGGUGUCUCUGAUUGUAUUUUAAAACUUGAUUGGGGAAAAAAUGUCUUAACUUUUCGCUCGAACAUCAGUUUUAAAAAAAAUAUAUUUUCAUUUUUCAUAUUUUUGUCUGUUAUGAAAACUUGAUGUGCUAGAGAAAAAGUAAGUGCAGAUUUGGAAUGAGCUAAAAAAUAUCUCAAGUCUUGUCGUUGUUGAUAAUAUUAGCACUAUAAUAUAUACUUUGUAAAUACAGUAAUUAUAUUAAAUAGAAUUUAAAAGAA